UGGAGCACUGGGGAGCACGUAGCAGUAGGCAAGUUGACGAUGCCAGUGCAGACAUUUUGUCCGUCGGUCUAUGUAACGAUAACGACGCGACAAACUGGUGCCAAAACCCGGGAUGAGCAAAGGCAAGAACAAGAAAGGUGCUGUAACACCGUCGAAACCGGUUGGAGAGAACGAAUCUCCACUGGAAAGUUACAAAGAAGAAGAUGACGAACCGUCUCAGGCGAUGUCAACACCAGCGGCAUCGUCGUUCGUCGCUGCACGCAAGUCGAGGGAAGCUCACAUUUACGCGGGCGUCUUGGAACAAGACUUGCAAGCAAGUCUCCAGUAUGACGACUGGCGCAAGAUGUCUGAUGACGACGAUCUGGAGACGACAAUGGAAGAGUUAAGUAUAUUUGUUGAUAAAUUUAAUGACUCUGUUAUUGUCUUUGAGGGGGUGUGUGAUACUCUUGUAGAAACUUCGGGCUCACCCCUGUUAUCUCCGGAGGUUGACUUAGACAAAUUGCUUCUGUUAGGUGUAGAUUGUAACCGUCGCAUCAGCUUCCUCAGAUCCGUUCUAAAGCAGUUGCACAUCCGUCACAGAAGAAACACGGCAGUCGUGACGCAACCCACUACACACACUAACCACGCUGUCUCACCUGAGGUCAAACUCCCCAAGCUGGACCUGCCCAAGUUCGAUGGUUCUGUUUUGAAAUCUCAAGAGUUUUUUGAUGUGUUUGUUGCGACUGUCCAUGACAACGCACGCAUUUCUGAUGUUCAGAAAUUAAGUUAUUUGAGAGAGUGUCUGGUGGGGUCGGCUAAAGAAGCUGUGGCAGGAUAUCAGAUCACAGACGCCAAUUAUCGGGUAGUGUGGGGUGUGCUAAAGGAACGCUAUGGAUCCAAACAGAAAUCCAUACACGCACACUACACUGCUUUGAUGAAUCUGCCACCUGCGUCUAACAAGACCCACUCACUGCGCAGCUUGCAUGACAAACUCGAAGAACAUCUGCGCAGUCUCGCAGCACUUGGCCAAGACGUUGGUCAAGACAUCUUCGUCUCACUCAUUCUAAACAAGCUCCCUCAGCACACCGUGCUGCAGCUUGAACUGCGAAAACCAACUCAGUGGAAAGUCAGUUCACUGCGACAGGCAUUCAGUGAAUAUGUUAAGGCCAAGGAAGUCGCCGAAGAACAGGGCGCAGUGCAUUCAGAGUCCGACCGUGCUCAGACUAGCUCGCAAACCAGGCCUAAACCCAGCCAGAAUUCCCACCGAUCCGGAGCAACACUGCUGAACGACCGCCAACCCAAGUGUCAUUUUUGUAAAGAAUCUCACUUCUCGGACGAAUGUUUGAAGUAUCGUACCGUUGAACAGAGAAAGGAACGUGUCAAGGAUCAAUGCUUUCGCUGUUUUCGCAAGGAACAUUCUGCUCGGGAUUGUACUAUCACUCGCAAGUGUUACUAUUGUUCCGGACCACAUCACCGCAGCUUAUGUGUCACCAAGUUCGGUCAGGCAACCUCUGCGCUCAACGUCCAUGCGGAACCGUUCUCACCCGACACUGCGCUCAUCUCGCCUGAGGGCAAUGUCAACCUGCAAACAGCGCUGACAGAAGCUAGACACAACUCCUUUGUGAAGCCAGCCCGCCUCCUUUUCGACACGGGUGCAUCUCGGUCGUAUAUCACUGCAGAUCUUCGCUCUGCUCUUGAUCUUCCUACAGUCGCCACUGAGUCCAUGUCCACAGCCACUUUUGGCGCGUGUAGUCGUAAACAUCAAACGCUUGACGUCGUCGAAGUCGAGGUUCGGCUGUCCAACGGCUCCCUGAAGAAAUUACCCGUGAGCGUCGUUCCAGUCAUCUCUAGCCCUAUAGCGAAGUACCCCGUCGACGCCACAGGUCACCCUGCUCUGCGUCAUCUUCCUCUUGCGGAACCCCUAUCCAGUAACCAGGAGUGGGUCACAGUAGACCUUCUUAUUGGCAGUGACUAUUAUUUUGACUUUAUUCUAUCCGAACGCCUCAACUUCCCAGAUGGUCUCAUCUUACUGCAAUCGACACUGGGCUAUGUGUGUACCGGGAAAGCUUCGAGUAACGACCCUAAGGACGCGACAUGCUUCUUCUCCUCGAGCGAAACGUCCACCAUCGUUCCUGACGCUAAUCUUCACCAAUUCUGGGCAGCCGAUGAGAUACAGGAACCAGACGAUUGUCGUGAUGAUGAUGCCCGAGCACACCAAGCAUUCAAGGAUUCGGUGCAAUUUGAAGACAACAGAUAUGUUGUCAAGUGGCCAUGGAGAGACUGUGCGCCGCCUCUGCCCGACAACUAUGGUUUAGCCUUCGGUCGACUGCAGUCCCUUUACAAGCGACUCUCCACAGAUCACCGCCAGCUAGAGAAGUAUCAUGAAGUCAUUGAGCAACAGGCCCAGUCUGGAGUCAUCGAAGAAGCACCUAGGUACUCAGACUCUAAGCUCCACUACCUGCCACAUCACGGUGUGUUCAAAACAACCAGCACGACUACCAAGUUAAGAUUGGUGUAUGAUGCAUCAGCCAAGUCUGCACACGAUGCUCCCAGCCUCAAUGACUGCCUACACAGAGGACCAGUCCUCCUUCCUGACCUCACAGGAGUCUUGCUUCGCUUCCGAACAUUUCCUAUCGGCAUCAUCAGCGAUGUGGAGAAGGCCUUCUUACAAGUCAGUCUCGCGGAAGAAGACAGGGACGUGACUCGUUUCCUCUGGGUACGCGACAUCCAUUCUCCUGUCAGCGGCCAGAAUCUAGUCACUUAUCGUUUCACUAGAGUUCCCUUCGGUGUAGUCUCAAGUCCUUUCCUUCUUGCGGCUACACUCCAACACCAUCUAACGCGUAUAGAGUCUCCUCAAGCUCACCACAUUCUUGCCAACACAUAUGUUGACAACGUAGUAGGCGGCGUGUCUGAUGUUGCUGCUGGCCAGCAGUACUAUACCACAGCGAAAUCCAAUUUUGCCCGAGCCUCCAUGAACUUACGCGAAUGGAGCACCAACUCGGAAGAACUUAAGGACCUUUUACCGGAAGGCGACAGAGCAGACAGUGUACUUCAGCAGGUGUUGGGGACCACAUGGGACACCAGCCAUGACACUUUGAAUAUCUCCGACACACAGAUGUCCCAACGGCUCGUCCGUUCGAAACGCGAGCUACUACAAGCCCUUGCGCACUUCUAUGAUCCUCUAGGCAUCCACGCGCCUGUAGUCGUCAAAGCGAAGCUGAUCCUUCAAGAAGUCUGGAGACUCAACUUGGAUUGGGAUGAUCCACUCCCAAACUCUAUACAUGACGCCUGGUCUACUGUGGCUACAGAAAUGGAUGUCGCGUCCACAUUUACAGUUCCCCGGUACUGCUCGCUGCCGUCUGCAGAAACACACAGCCUUCACAUAUUCUGCGAUGCGUCCCAGUCUGCAUACGCUGCUGCAGCAUACUUAAAAACCAGCGCUGAAGGGCGCGAUGUAUCUCACCUCAUCUUCAGCAAAUCCAAAGUCGCCCCCAUCAAACGACCAGAGACACUGACCAUACCAAGAAUGGAACUUAUGGCAGCAGCACUCGGCGCUAAAGUCGCAAGACACCUGACAAAGCAGCUAGAUCUAAAGUUCGAACGGGUCUGCCUGUGGCUUGACUCAACGUGUGUCCUGGGCUGGGUUCGAAGUACCAAGAAACUCCCCAGCUUCGUACAGAACCGUGUCAAGUAUAUCAACGAGUCAGGUGUUGAGUGCAAGUAUGUACCUACCUUCGAGAAUCCAGCCGACUUGCCUUCCCGUGGCAGUACCAUACAUCUCUCUGAGGAGUCGUUGUGGUGGCAUGGUCCUAACUGGCUUAUUGAUCCCUCUAUCUCCGAACCAGAGUUCCCAGGUACAUUCGCUCCUGCAUCUCAUGUACAGGGGGAGGGUCCUUCGGAAUUCGGUCCUGCUAGUGAGACUUCUUGCGACCGCUCAAAAAAAAAGGGAUGUGAACCCCCGUUUGGCAUUGACAUCACUAGAUUUUCGUCGUUGAGCAAACUGAUUCGAGUUACCGCAUGGGCAAGUCGUUUCGUCGAAAAAUGCCGCAAGCAAGAGAGAUGUCACAGUACACCCUGGCUCUCCUCUGAAGAGCUCCGCAAAGCUCACGUGACGUGGUUGAAGUUUGACCAACGCCAGCAGUACGCUCAGACUUACUCGGAUCUACAAGAUGGAAAAUCUAAUCAACUUAUUGUCUCUCUCCGUCUCUACACUCAUGAAGGAAUCAUCAGAUCUGCUGGGCGCCUACAGUUUGCAGACGUUCCUGAGUCGGCACGUUCGCCUAUCCUCCUGUCCAGCAGUUCUCACCUGACCACACUAAUAAUCAGUGAGACUCACCACAGUCUGAUGCAUGCGGGUGGUACCCACACAUUGGCAUCCUUGAGAAACCAGUACUGGAUCCCUCAAGGCCGACGCUCCAUCAAAUCUGUUCUGAAGAAGUGUGUGGUGUGCAGACGUCUGCAAGGUGGACCGUAUCAUCAGCCACAGAUGCCCCAGCUACCAUCACAGCGAGUAACAGCAGCUGACGCGUUUACAUUCACCGGACUCGACUAUUUCGGGCCAAUCUAUGUGCGCAACCCAGACAGCGAAGUAUCUAAGACAUGGGUAUGCCUAUUCACUUGUCUAGUGACAAGGGCAGUACACUUGGAGUUAGUGGAAAACAUGAGUGCGGAGCACUUUGUCCUCUGCCUCCGGCGCUUCACUGCAAGGCGUGGGGUUCCCCAGUUCAUUGUCUCUGAUAAUGCCCCACAGUUCAAACUGACGAAGUCCGCCAUCGACAAAGCCUGGUCGCAACUCGUCAUUGACCCUGAUGUGGUGCAUCACGCCACUUCGAAAGGCAUCUCGUGGCAAUUUAUUGUAGAAUCUGCACCAUGGAUGGGAGGCGUUUAUGAACGCAUGGUGGGUGUUGUGAAGUCAGCGUUGCGCAAGGCCAUCGGCAAUCGACGCCUGUUACCGACUCAACUCCUGACGGUACUCACUGAAGCAGAAGCGGUUGUCAAUAGUCGGCCUCUGGUGUAUGUAGGGGGUGACUCGGGUGACUGUGGGGUGAUCACACCCUCUCACUUUCUAUCUCUGAAACCUAGCUUAGGGUUCCCGCCUCUGUCUCCUACUCAUGAUGAAUUUGAUACUCAGUUUGUUCCCGAUUUGUCUUCUGCUGUUUCUUUGCUCCAGACGUGGAAGAGAGGUCAAGCGUUAGUGGACGCCUUCUGGAGCCACUGGAGGAAACACUACCUCCUCGCAUUGCGUGAACGAGCAGAUGCCCACAGCAGGAAACGUGGUGAACAUUCAAUGCAGCCUCAGGUUGGUGACGUGGUGAUAAUUGCUGAGCAACACAUGCCCAGAGCCUCAUGGAAACUUGGUCGAGUAGUGGAGGUGCACAGCAGCUCAGAUCAAGAGAUCCGAUCAGCCACGGUCAGAGUAACUGGAACAGACCGACGGAUUAGGAGACCUGUCACCUUACUUUACCCACUUGAGACCAUGCCAGAACCUGCAACACCACCGAAUAUUACACCACCAGCAGAACCUGCAGCUCCACGGACUCCGGUUACUAGUAACCCACAGCCAGUCGCCAGACCUACACGCCGUGCUGCUGACCGUUGUCGUCAAGGCAUCAAGGACAUGAAAGAUAAGGAUCUUGUCUGAUUCGUCAGACUAACAUUCUAGCGUUUCUUUCUCUCUCUUUCUGUCUUUGUGCCUCCGCUGACACUGAGUGCGUGUUGGUUAUUCGAUCGUGCGUACAAGCACAACUCAUUACUAUUCUCUCUUUCUGUCUUUGUGUCUUCGUCGACACACUUCCGAUUGCGAUUCUAUGUAUUUGACCGUGUACUGACACGGUUUAUUGUUCCCUCUCCCUCUUUCUUAUUCUCUUGCCUGUGGGAGUGUCGCGAAUCUCACGACGGAGAUUCCGAAUUAUUUAUUUUUACGUAUUUUUGUGUAUUUUUUACGCAUGAGAUUUUUUCUUGCGUACAGCCGCCAUGUUUAUUUUCUAUGGCAACGAGGUCAGCACACGAGGAAAGAACUCGGGGCUCCUUCGUCCACGUAGACAGAUAUAUUUUGCUUCCACUCGUUUCAGAGUUACAAAUGUAUGCUUCUCUCUCAGAUCAGUAUUUAUCCAGAGAAGUAUUUACUACUAGUAUCCAGAGAAGUAUUUACUAGUAGCCAGAGAAGUAUUAUACAGAGAAUUAUUUAUACGAACCCAAGUAUUUCUACAAUCAGUCUUUCAGUCUAAUCAAUAAAUCUCCC